AUGUCGUCGUCGUCUUCGUCAACCGCGGUCACUCAGCCCAGCCCGCUGUCGGACGGACUGUCUUCGUUGGUGUUGUCCAAGAAGUACCUGUCGUGCGCCAGACCGCCGCACGUGUACAAGCUGGAACGCGAGAAUAAUCUACUGGACGGCGGCGGCGGAGGAAUCUGCGAAGACUCUAUCGCCGCCGACUGUUGGCAAUCCACCGCCUGGGUGCCACCGCCGACCGCGGCCGCCGCGGUGCAGGCCCGCUACGAGCCCUCGGACGUGUUCACGCCGCUGGUGUUCGAAGAGAUGCAUUCGCCGCCGCCGCCGCAGGUUCAUCCGCAGAUGUCCAUGUGGUUACGGCCGGUGGAACGUAAUAAUCAGCAGCAGCAGCAGCCGCCGCCGCCGCAUCACCACGUGCAGGCGACGUCCGGCACGGGUAAUAUGCAGCAAAGGCGCCCGUUACAGCACUUGCCUCCGCCAGCACAAUCAUCGCUGCAGCCACCUGCCAAGACCCCAUCGGCGACCGAACCACAACACCAGAACGGCAACAAGCCCGGUGACUUGAGUUGGCUGGUAAACUUUCAAGUGGCAUCCAUAUUCGAACCAACCUGCAACGGUAGUACAACCGGUGGCGGUGGUGCUGGUCCAGGAGUUAAUAUCUUGAACAACGAAUGGCUGGAGCCAGAGACGCUGAAACAGAAAAAGAAAGCCACCAAAUUAGAUCAAAAACCUCCAUCCAAAACCAGUCGAAAACCAUAUAGAAUGCCACCUUCAAGGUUAGAUAAAGCUAAUAAACCUGGAUAUACCUAUACAGAAAUGAUUCAUCAAGCCUUGAUAGAAAAAAAAGAACUACCAGUGGCAGAAAUUUAUCAAUGGAUAUCGUAA